UUUGUCCUGCUUUGGCUCAGUAACAUAAAUGUAAUGGAGUAAAAAUUACGAUAUGUACCCUCAAAAAUGUAGCGGGGUGAAAGUGUACAUACUCAAGUAAAAACACCUCAAACUUGUAUUUGAUUACAGUAUUUGAGAAGGACCAGAUGUUUAUUAACUGCACCCCAUCACAGGCGGCAACAUGGGUUCAUUUUACAAGGAGGCACCCGUAGUUUCAACACUUCGACGCUGGGACAGUCUCCUGAAUAUUUAACCUGGACCUUCGCUCUCUCUUGGGGCUGGAAUAACAUAAAAGUUGAGUGUCUUCGCUUCAUUCCAGGGAGCCAGGCUUGACAUGUCAGGCCUUGGUUGUGUGAGGGCGACCAGCAAGCGGCGCUUCAGCCCCGGCUCGACUCUCUGCGCCGCUGUCGCUGAACAUGUCCGCAGAGGAUCGGGUUACGCUACGCCCCAUCUUUAAGCCCCAGUCAGUGCGCCGUUAGCCGCAGGACAACACAGGAUAGGCUCUGAUACUGGCCGCCGGGGACGUGAAGGCUCCACACUCAUGCCUUGAAAAAGGGAAGAGCUUGGAAUUGCUGUUAAUGGAGAGAAAUCACAUUCGCCUGGAGUUGUCACAAUGAUAGAAACAAUGGAUACACAGCGUGCCUUGCAGGCGGUGGAGCGUCUCCAGGCCAAACUGAAGGAGCGGGGGGAGGUGCCCACCGAGGAGAAGCUCAGCCUGCUUAAAUCGGUGCUCCAGAGUCCCCUCUUCCACCAGAUCCUAGCCUUGCAGAAGUCCGUCCAGCAUCUCAGAGACCAGGGGAGUGUCCCAGCACCACGUGGGAGUGAUGUUGGUGAACACGCCACUGCAGUCAAGCCCAAUGGCGGCCAUGUUUCCUACUCAGACACAUCAGCUGCUACGUCUGUCAAUGGCAAGACACCAUCUGAAGAAUUUGAUCACAUUAUUCACUCCAUGGCACAGGGGCGCAUCGUGACCCAUGCAGAGCUGGAGAAGCCGACUUCAGGAGGUCUCGGCUUCAGUGUGGUGGGCCUAAAGAGCGAGAACCGUGGAGAGCUCGGCAUUUUCAUCCAGGAAAUUCAACCAGGAAGCGUGGCUCACAGUGACGGGAAGCUCAAAGAAGCUGAUCAGAUCUUGGCUAUCAAUGGCCAGCCCCUGGACCAGACGGUGACCCACCAGCAGGCGAUAGGCAUCCUGCAAAGUGCUUCAGAGAGGGUGCAGCUCACGGUGGCAAGAGGACCCAUCCCUCACCUGCCCAGUCCUGUCGUGUCCCGCACGCCCUCCGCUGCAAGUACACUGUCAGCCAACUCAAGCGCGUGGCAGCAUGUGGAGACGAUUGAGCUGGUCAACGAUGGCACUGGUCUCGGCUUUGGUAUCGUGGGAGGAAAGACCACUGGGGUUAUUGUGAAAACCAUCCUUCCUGGAGGCAUAGCUGAUCAGGAUGGCCGCCUGCGCAGUGGGGACCAUAUUCUAAGAAUUGGAGACACUGAUCUGUACGGCAUGGGUAGUGAACAGGUGGCUCAGGUCCUCAGGCAGUGUGGGAACAGGGUGAAGCUGGUGGUCACCAGGGGUCCUGUGGAUGAGACCCCUGCCGUCUCUGCUAUCAUGCCUGUGGUGCUGCCUACUGUCAAUGAACACCAGGACUAUGAGGAAGAGGAUGCUGAAGCAUUUGAUGUGAGCCUUACCAAGAACACCCAGGGACUGGGAAUCACUAUUGCUGGCUAUGUUGGAGAUAAGAAUUCAGAGCCCUCUGGCAUUUUUGUUAAGAGCAUAACAAAAGACAGUGCUGUAGAUCAAGAUGGCCGUGUUCAUGUUGGGGACCAGAUAAUAGCUGUCGAUGGUGUUAACAUCCAGGGAUACACCAAUCAACAGGCAGUGGAGGUGCUCAGACACACAGGCCAGACAGUCCACCUUAAGCUGAUCCGGCGGGGCUUCAGGCCUGAAGAGAUCCCCCCAGCCGUGGCCCCCAGUGUCACCGUCCUGCCUCCUUACACCACCAUCCCCACCACCACCACCGUCAUGAGGGAGCUAGAGUUGGAAAGGAUGAAGGCUGAGGAGGCUGCUCAAGUCACCACAGAUGAAAAGCCGCUUCAGACAAAGAGUGAAGGAUCUGAUGUCAGCCCAGCCACGGAUCAGCUAACAGAAGACAAACAUGUGAUGAAGCUGACGCCCUUUGAAGAGGAGGAACUAAUGAAGAAGUGGCAAGAAAUUCUUGGUCCAAGUAAUGAAGUUGUAGUGGCUCAGGUGGAGAAGUUCAGUGAGAACAGUGGCCUGGGCAUCAGUCUGGAAGCCAACAGCGGGCAUCAUUACAUCCGCUCUGUUCUACCUGAGGGACCUGUGGGUCGCUGUGGCAAGCUGUUCAGUGGAGAUGAACUGCUCGAGGUCAAUGGUAUAUCCCUAAUUGGUGAGACCCACAAGGAAGUAGUCAGAAUCUUGAAGGAGCUUCCACUGUGUGUAUACAUGACAUGCUGUAGGCCCGCCCCUCACCUGCAGACUGACAUGGAUGCAGUUCAACCAGAGUCAGAAGCUUUGGUCACAGCACCCGAAUUACAGAAACAAAUAGACCUGAGCAGCGUACUGGUUGCUGAAGACUCAGAAGUGAACGCAGCAACAGUGUCACAGGAUAAUGUGACAGAGGAGGCGAUGGGAUCUCCUUUGGCGAUGUGGGAGCUGGAGAUCCAGAAUAUCGAGCUUGAAAAGGGAGAAGGGGGAUUGGGAUUCAGCAUUCUGGACUACCAGGACCCGUUGGACCCUGCCAAGACAGUGAUUGUGAUUCGCUCUCUGGUCCCCAAUGGCGUAGCGGAGCAGGAUGGCAGACUGCUGCCAGGAGACCGACUCAUGUACGUUAACGCCACCAACCUGGAGAACUCCAGCCUGGAGGAUGCUGUCCAGGCCUUGAAGGGGGCCAUGCUCGGCAAGGUCCAGAUAGGAGUAGCCAAGCCUCUGCCUGGAAUAUGUGGAUAUUCCCACUCUCCACACCCAUAUGGUGAGCAGGAAAUAACUCCAUCAUCCACCAUCCAUUCAUUUGACUUCAACAGUAUUUUGGUUGAAGAAGGCGAGGAAGAAGGACUGACUGAGGGCAUCGUUUACCGAGCAGAGCCUGCAUUGAUUGACACCAGCGAAGCAGACCUGUCUGAUGAAAAGGUGUUGGAUCACACUUACUCUGGAAUGGAGGACGACACUUUCCAGGCGUCCAUGAUUGCUCUUCAUGGAAGCACGUGCAGCACAGACCUGGAUUACCUGCACUCAUCUACACCCAAGCUGACAGCUCGCCUGGACUUGCUGGAGGAACAUCCCCACUUUGCGGCACCAUCCAGCCUCGCUGAUGACACUGAAGCAUUCUCUCCGGAGAAACCUUUCACUCCUCCGAGUUUUAGAGGUCACGUCCCAGAUUUUAAUGCCAUGCUGAGCAGUUCGGAUCGGUACCUGGCAGAGCACUCCACCACCGAGGAACCAUUUGCAGAAUUAGGGACCCGAUCAAAUAUCCCAGAAGAACCUGUGGAGUCUCUCCACUAUCAGAAGGAGCCAGCCUUGAAUUUUGGAGAUAUUGGAGACAUAAAGAUUUUGUUUAAGGACGAGGACGAUGGUGUGAAAGAAUCCGCAGAAGACGGCGACAAGGAAGCGCUGACCUCAGGGAGCAAUUUUGAAAGGACUAUCACAGUUGUCAAGGGCAACUCCAGCCUCGGGAUGACAGUGAGCGCCAUGAAAGAUGGUCUGGGAAUGCUGAUCCGGAGUAUAAUCCACGGCGGGUCGAUUAGCCGUGAUGGACGUCUUGGUGUCGGUGAUCUCAUCCUGGCCAUCAAUGGGGAGCCCACAGCCAACCUGACCAACGCUCAGGCUCGGGCCAUGCUUAGAAGACACUCGCUCAUUGGACCGGACCUGGGAUCUGCUUGUGCACCUGAGGACGAUCUGUGCCCAUUUUAUGUCAUUACAUAUGUUCCAGCAGAGUAUCUGGAGGAGUAUAAGGCCAGUUUAGAGCAGGCUAAAGACGAUGUCUUCCCAGAGACGACUCCAGUCCCAGUUGCAGUUCCAGUCCUAAAAGAUAUUCCUAACCUGCCCGAACGGGAAGAUGGAGAGGGAGAGGAGAGUGCCACUUACAGCAACUGGAACCAACCCAGGAAAGUGGAGCUCUUCCGAGCGGCAGGCAAGUCCCUGGGAAUCAGCAUUGUUGGGGGUCGAGGGAUGGGCAGCAGGCUGAGCAAUGGAGAGGUGAUGAGGGGCAUUUUUAUCAAGCACAUCCUGGAGGACAGUCCUGCCGGACAGAACGGGACCCUGAAGACUGGAGACAGGAUUGUAGAGGUGGAUGGAGUAGACCUGAGAGAUGCUAGUCACGAGGAGGCUGUCGAGGCUAUACGCAGGGCAGGCAACCCUGUCUCCUUCUUAGUCCAGAGUAUUAUCCACAGGCCCAGGAAGCCGCCCCUGCCCUUUCCGAAGCUAAAUAGCCACCACGGGUCAAGCCUCUGCUGCACUAAUCAAACCUGCUUAGCGCCUGCCCUCCCUCAGCAGUCAUCGAUAACAGACUCCAGUGAGGAGAGAGCCGCGGCCAUGACGAAGGACAGCAAGGACAAGGAGGGUGACAGUCACAGUAGACUUUUCCUCCGCCUCUCCCCAACUAACCCUUUCACUCCUACCCCGUUUAAGCUAGCGAAGCGUGAAGCGGCGAAGGCAUCUCCCACCAGCGCUGUCCUCCUCCUGCCAGUGGUGCCCCAUGUGGGAGAGACUGAUACAGACACGCUGACAGAGAUUCCUGGCAGACCUGCUGAGGCGGAGGAGGUGGAGGAGGAGGUGGUGGAGGAGGAGGUGGAGGAUGAGUUUGGAUACAGCUGGAAGAACAUAAUCCAGCGCUAUGGCAGCCUCCCAGGCGUCCUGCACAUGAUCGAGCUGGAGAAAGGGAAGACAGGCCUGGGCCUCAGCCUGGCCGGGAACAGGGACCGCUCCCGCAUGAGCGUGUUUGUGGUGGGAAUAGACCCCAACGGGGCGGCCGGCAGAGACGGGCGUAUGGUGGUGGGGGACGAGCUGCUGGAGAUCAACGGGCAGGUUCUUUAUGGCCACAGUCACCAGAAUGCAUCCUCCAUUAUUAAGAGCUCACCUUCCAAAGUCAAAAUCAUCUUUAUCAGGAACACGGAGGCGCUGAACCAGAUGGCCGUGGGACCGGUGAAAGAGCACGAGGGAGACACAGUGGAGCCCCACGCUGAGCCCGAAACAACGGCUGCUAACGGCGACGCUGAUGCUUCAAAACACGUGCAUCACAUCAUAAACCUGAAGGAGGACGGCGGUCUUGGCAUCACCUUUGAGGAAGGCAACACUGAGAGCGGAGUUGAGAUUCAAAGUAUCUCUGAAGUGAAAGGGCAUACAGGCAAAGAGGGCUGCAUGAAACCAGGGGACAGACUCCUAGCUGUGAAUGGCGAAUCAGUUCUUGGCUACACCUCUGAAAAGGUGAAUUCUCUCCUGAGAAAAGCCAAAGGCCCAGUGAAGCUAACCUUCUCUACAAAUGAGACCCCCUCCUCCUUCUCCUCUCCCCAGCCAACCUGCCACGAUGUUGGCUGCCCUGAUGACGUCCUCACGAGUCUGCCCAGCGUGCCGAGUGCCACCACGACUACUUUGAGUCAACCAGAGGUGGAGGCCGGCACAAGUCCGAGUCGCUCGUCCACUCCUUCCACUCUGGCCUGCGACCCGACGACCUGUCCCAUCAUCCCCGGCUGUGAGACCACCAUCGACAUCUCGAAGGGCCGCACAGGCCUGGGCCUUAGCAUCGUGGGAGGCUGUGACACCCUGUUGGGCGCCAUCAUUAUCCAUGAAGUCUACGAGGAAGGGGCAGCCUCCAAGGAUGGCAGGCUUUGGGCAGGAGACCAAAUCUUAGAGGUAAAUGGAAUCGAUCUGCGUGAAGCCAGCCACGAUGAAGCCAUCAAUGUGCUGCGGCAAACCCCGCAGAGAGUCCGGCUGGUGGUCUACAGGGACGAGGCCCAGUACAAGGAGGAGGACUUGUGGGACUCGUUCACCAUAGAGCUCCAUAAGAAGCCGGGCCAGGGCCUGGGCCUGAGCAUCGUAGGGAGGAGGAAUGACACAGGAGUGUUUGUAUCCGACAUUGUGAAGGGAGGUUUGGUGGACACUGACGGUCAACUGAUGCAGGGCGACCAGAUCCUGUCAGUCAACGGUGAGGAUGUCAGGUCAGCCACUCAGGAGGCCACGGCAGCACUACUCAAGUGCUGUGUGGGGCCUAUAAAAAUGGAAGUAGGGAGGUUCAAGGCGGGUCCCUUCCACUCCGAAAGGAGGCUGUCUCAAAGUAGUCAGAUGGAGGAAACAGGCAGCUCCAAGGUGGCCUCGCAGUGCUCAGAGUCUGGAAACCUCCCUGAUGACCCUGAGAAACAAAGCAGGAGACCAGAUUCUCCAGAGAAACAGGACACCAGAACAGUUGAAUUCACUAAAGGUCCCAAUGAGUCUCUGGGUAUCAGUAUAGCAGGUGGCGUCGGGAGUCCUCUGGGUGACAUACCCAUCUUUAUCGCCAUGAUGAAUCCCGUUGGUGUGGCUGCUCAGACCCAGAAGCUCAAGAUUGGAGACCGCAUUGUCAGUAUCUGUGGAACCUCCGCUGAAGGAAUGAGCCACUCACAGGCUGUCAACCUGCUGAAGAACGCCACGGGCUCAAUACAGCUGCAGGUGGUUGCGGGCGGUGACGCCACAGUGACGGGUCCCUCUCAGGAGCAGCAGGCAGCUGGAGGUCUCACGCCCAGCUGCAUCUUCCAGGAUGACAUCGGCCCUCCUCAGUAUAAGACUAUCACUCUUGGAAGAGGACCAGACGGACUGGGUUUCAGUAUAGUCGGAGGUUACGGCAGCCCACAUGGAGACCUGCCUAUCUAUGUCAAAACAGUUUUUGGAAAGGGGGCAGCAGCAGAGGAUGGCCGUCUGAAGAGAGGAGACCAGAUCAUGGCCGUCAACGGGCAGACUUUGGAAGGCGUCACACACGAAGAAGCUGUUGGCAUCCUGAAGAGAACCAAAGGAACUGUCACACUCACUGUGCUGUCAUAGACACACAUAUGCAAACACCCACAAACACACACUAUCUCCACUGCUUUUCCUGCUUUGUUGCACCUGAAGUUAUCCACAUCUACACAGACUGAAACUUUUGAAGGAGCAGCACACCUCGCAGGUGUGACCAGCAAUAUUUCACAACUAGAAAACUGUGCACACUGAAGCAUGAACAACCGUACACUGAUAAUCAUGAAGAAACUUAAUGCUCACUGUAGCUUUGAACACUGUGAUAAAACCGACUUCCGAGAGGAACCUUUCUCACUGAAACAGUAAACUGGAAAUAAGUAUGUCAAGAAGAUAUAUGAAUUCACAAUUUUCAGUUUUAACUAGUUUAUGCUAUGAGAAUCUCAAAGAGGUUGUAAAUACGUAUUAGAAAACCAUAGCUCAACUCAAGUACAUUCCAUUGCUAUGGUAUGAAGUAUUCACACAUGCGUUUCCUGUAUUGAAAUUGAUUUUCAGAUCAUUAUUUCUUAGUAUUUUACAACAGAGUAUUUCUACAGAACAGAGGCCUAUUUUCCAAGGUUUUUUACUGUCUGGGGUCUUACAGGGGUGACCUCCCUGUAAAUUCAGAGCAUGAUAUGGCAUGAAAAUGCCCUUGAGGCAAUUAGCAGAUUAGCAGGGUUUAGCAAAUGGCCAUAUUAGCUGAUAAUAGCAUUAUUGUGUCUGUUUCAUUGCACUGCUGUUGGCAAAUCACCAUACUGAUUUUCCGGAGAGGCUGAUGCUGCUGUAACUGGUGUUAGUCAACUUUUAUCAUGAAGUCACUGUUGUUGUAGUAAAAUUGGCCAAGAGAGCAUUUUUUAUGUGCUAAAGGCUAGAAGUCUGAUAUUGUAAAUACAGUGUGUGAACACUUCCCUGGAGGGAAAGAUGUGAAAUCCUUGAUGUCUUGGUCCUUAAUCGAAGAAGUGUGGUGAGUUCACACUCGACUAGAUGAGGAAGUGUGUAUGUGUGUGUGUUUGUGUGUGAAACUGAAAGAUUUAUGGGAACCAAAAAUGCUGGACCCCAUAACGUAUAUCAUGAAUUUUUAGGGUGAAGUGUUUUGGAUAGAAGUGGUUAGGGUUUGGCUCCAGGAAAUGAAUGGAAGUCUUUGUAGUGUCCCCAAAACUGAUGAAAACAAGGUGUGUCUGUGCGUGUGUGUGCGUUUUACCGUGUGUGUGUGUGUGUGUGUGUGUGUGUCUUACUCACUGAAAUAAUUGUGCUGCUAAAGCCCACAGAUGUAUAAGGUAUUAUGUCACAGUAUUUUGAUUUUUUAAAGUAUUAAGUUUAUGUUCACUUGAUGAAAGUGCACAGCAAAGUAAAUCACCUCCUAUUCGGAUGAGUAGUUAAACCUGUCAGGUGAUUACAUAAUGGACCUGAGCUCAAUCUGACCUCAUUAUUUACCCAGAAUGAAGGCAUCAACAGUAAUGUGUAGUUUCCAAAGUCAUUAGCUGUGUGUUGUUUGGUCUAGCUUCAGAAGAAGUUGUCUGUUCUCUGUCUUAUCACCUUAAGUAUGUCACUCUAGUACUGUCAAAGUGACAGUAUUGAAUUUAUUCACACUGAAUUAAAUAAAAGUGACCUUUGGAUUCAA